GAGGGCUCAAACGGAAGGGAGAAGGCGGGGCGUCUUUUGUGAUCUACACCAAUGAACGAACGCGCCCUGGUGGGCCGUUUCCUACUCCCGCCCCUGCCAUCCCCGGCAGAGGAAAGUUUCUCUCCGGCGGGCUAGGGCUGGGAGAGUAGCGGAGCGGAGCAGCCAUGGCUGUCGGUUGGCGGGUCUGGUGCGUGCCGGCGGUGGCGGCGCUGGCGCUGGCGCUGCUCUUCGUGGCUUGUCGCUUCCCCUCUGCCUCUGCCUUCCGCAGAAAGGAGAUGGUGUUGUCAGAAAAGGUUAGUCAGCUGAUGGACUGGGCCAGCAAGAGAGCAGUGAUAAGAAUGAAUGGGGAUAAAUUCCGUCGUUUUGUCAAGGGAUCACCAAAGAACUACUCAGUGAUUGUGAUGUUCACAGCUCUUGAGCCUCAUCGACAGUGUCUGGUGUGCCGGCAAGCUGAUGAAGAGUUCCAUAUUUUGGCCAACUCCUGGAGAUAUUCCAAUGCAUUUACCAACAAGAUAUUUUUUGCUAUGGUAGAUUUCGAUGAUGGGUCUGAUGUGUUUCAGAUGCUAAAUAUGAAUUCGGCUCCAACUUUCAUGAACUUCCCUGCCAAAGGAAAGCCAAAACAGAGUGAUACAUAUGAGUUACAAGUUCGGGGUUUUUCAGCUGAACAGAUUGCCCGGUGGAUAGCUGAUCGAACCGAUGUCAAUAUUCGAAUAAUAAGGCCUGCAAAUUAUGCUGGCCCCCUUAUGUUAGGAUUGCUUUUGGCUGUUAUUGGUGGCCUUGUUUAUCUUCGAAGAAGUAAUCUAGAUUUUCUUUUUAACAAAACUGGAUGGGCUUUUGCAGCUUUGUGUUUUGUACUUGCAAUGACCUCUGGACAGAUGUGGAACCAUAUAAGAGGACCACCGUAUGCUCAUAAGAAUCCCCAUACAGGACAGGUGAAUUACAUACAUGGAAGCAGCCAGGCCCAGUUUGUAGCUGAAACACACAUCGUCCUUCUGUUUAAUGGUGCUGUUACUCUGGGGAUAGUGCUUUUGUGUGAAGCCAUCACAUCUCACAUGGAUAUUGGAAAAAGAAAGCUAAUGUGUGCCGUUGGCAUUGUGCUGGUCGUGGUGUUUUUCAGUUGGAUGCUCUCUGUCUUCAAGUCUAAAUACCAUGGCUAUCCCUACAGUUUCCUGAUGAAUUAAAAAGAAGCAAAUCAACGCUGGAACAUUAAAGCUUAAACACUGUAUAUAUUGUGUUGGAACAGUGCAAAAUGUGUAUGGUUCAUAUUACCUCUCUUGAAAAGGAUUGAGAUUGUGUUAAAAAAUUGAACCAAAGAGUGAUGUGUAGUGCCUUAAUGUUAACAAGCAGUUUGCUUUAAAAGUCCAUGCAGUGUUAGGACAAAUCUCCCUUCUGUUGUUAACCUCCCUAUCCCAGUGAGCUUUACAAAACAUUUAACCUCGUGGAAUUCAGAGUUUUUUAGACAGAGUAUGUUUUGGGAAUAAAAGAAAAUCUUGUAGUAGCACUACUUCAGUCUAAUUUGAGGAAUUCCUUUUUGUUAAUUUUUAGUCACCUGAUAAAAUAUUUUUCUACUCCAGUGUGAAGAGAUAUCUUGAUCAAUCUUUAUCUAUCCAGCAAUUUCAGAUAACUGUAAUAAACAUCCACUACCCAUUUUCCCUUUUUCUUCCCAUGGAAUUGAGGCUUUGCACAUCUGUCUUUUAGGUUGAGAAACCAGAUGUGCUGUGUUGCCUCCUAAAAACAGAACACACUCCCCAUGUGUACAGACCAAGGCUCCCUAAUGGAUAUUUUGCUUAGGUCUUUUCUCCUGAAGCACAUUGCUAUGUAGCUUUAGAUAUGAAAAUGUCACAUUGAAAAGUCGUAUCUGUGGGUGCUAAUAAGCAGUCUUAAACUUAGAGCUUUCAGGUCAAUUUCUUUUCUCCAUUUUUCUUUAAUUUGAGAAAGCUCAUUUAAAACAUGUCAGGUUAGUAACAAAUUAGUCCCACUUCCUAAUUUCCAAAAAAUUUAUUCUAAUUUGAAAUUACUUUGGGAAUCAUGAUAGUAGCUCACUCACAGAGUGAACCUAAACAUUUUCUGAUUAGGAAAAUUUCCUUCAGGUUUAUCUACUUUAAGACAAAGUGUGUGGAAGAUGAUUAAAUAAAGUGAUAAUUAUGAGGACUUCUGGAAAACCACAUGAUGGGUAAUUUGUAUGUGACAGAUAGUACAUGAAUGAAUGUUUAAUUAUAUGAUGAAUUUUUUUCACUUCAGUUACACUUACUAAUUGAUGCUAAGCAUGAUGCCUAGUGACUGUCAAUUAUCCAGUGGUUGGGGUGAACAGGUGGUCAGGCCCUACUAUGCUAAGUUGUUUAAUGUAGACUAAUUGGGUUAAAACAAAUUUUUUUUCAGUUUAAAAAAAAAAAGAAAAGUUCCUGUCCAUGGGCCACAUAUUGGACAUCUAGUUUACCUUGGUUGCUGCCUCUGAGUAUAAAUUAAGUCCCUUGAAAACCUGUGAUUUUUCUAUUUUCUCCCUUCUCCUCCUUCCCCUUGAGGGCCAGCACAGUUGACUUUUUCUGUUCAUAUCCCCAGUACCUUGCAUGGAGUUGGUGCUUAAGAGAAGUUUAUUGAACUAAAUUGAAAUUUGUUCUUCCCAAACUCUUUAAAAAGAGCAAGAUAAAAAUUUAGUAUGUUUUCAACCUUGACAUUCUUCAGUGAUUGAAAAUAAUAUAUAAAAGUUUGCAAAUGAAUUGUUGUAACUCAAAUGAUUCUGCUCCCUAUUUAAGUUUCCUCUGUGGUCACUAACUUUCUGUGAGAACUUAACUUACUAUUUACCAUUAGGUCAAAAUUCACAUUCUCUAAAGCAAAUAGAGUGAUGGUGAGAGAGAGAGAGGGAUACGGAUAAAUGUGCUAGACUGAAAGUAAAGUCCUGCCUUUUUUUUUUUUUUUAAAGCUGUGACUAUUGACAUAUAGAAUAUGUAAGUGAGGCCAUAAGUGAUCACUGUUUAGAAAGGGCCUCCAGACCUCAGAAAAAAGGUAGCUUUUAAAAGCCAUUGUUUAAGGGGAGUGAAUGGUUGCCUUGGUAUUCUUCAAUGUAGCUGUAGCUUAUUUGUUAGUUUAUUGGGAGCCUCAUUUUUAUGCAUCCUCUUGGGUCUUCCUCAGCUAUUACUCAUGAUGGACCCACUAAAUUUAUGCUAUGAUUCCUAAUAGCGAGAUUGGGUGAAGCUGUCUGGCCCCAGAAAAUUGUUAGAAUAUUACUUGUACAGAAAGGUUACAUGUCCUGGAGGUUGAACUAGUAUGUGGAGAAAAGAGAUACUGAUGUAUUCAAAAUUGAGCAUUUCUUUUAUUUGGAUUUUGAAAGUGACUUCUUUCUAAAGUGCCUUAACUGGAUUUAACUGUUUUACAAUCUUAUUUGUAGGCUUUUAAUGAUUUUUAGUUUUUGAACCAGGAGUAGGCAAUUGUAGAAGAGACUUUUAAAACUAAUUCCAAAUUUGAAAUUCUGAUGAUUUUACAAUUUGCAACCCAAAUUACAAUAAACCUGAUAGUUUCAGAUAUCUUUAUUGUCUCUAAGUAUAUCGUGUGCACAUAAGACUGAAAAAUCUUUUUAAAAUUUUUAUAGCCUAUUGGAUUAAACAGAAUAUUUGAGAAGGUCAAUGAAUAGAUAUUUAAAUGUUUUAGGUUUUGUCCUGUUCAAGUAAAUAUUCUUUGUUGGGUCUAUUCUGAAAAAGUCAAGAAUUUUAAAAAUUACAUAGAUAGCUUGAGUAAAACAACAUUCUCUUAUGCUCAAUCAGCCCUAUAUAGGGUCUUUUGCUUCAUGACUGCUUCACUCUAUUCUACUUUGGAGGUUCCACUUAUAGAUUAUUGGAACUUGCAGUUCUGCCCUCUGCAUUCCAAGAUCAUUGUGGAUAGGUGAUCUCCCCUUAAAAGGUUAUAAUUAGCAGAUUUUUAAAAGUCAAUACUCAUAGAAACAGUUCCAAUGAUAGUUGUCUGUGAAUGUGAAUCUAUAUGAAUAUACAACUACAUAUUCAUUAUUAUUCUUAUUACUAUUAUUACCAUUAUAGUAGAGAGAUCAAUGGACUAGGAGUUGGGACAUCUGGUCUCAUUUUUGACUCUACCAUUAACUAGCUGUGUGACCUUUAAUUUCUGGGUGUCAGUUUCUUUAUCUAUAAAAUUAAUGCUUUGAUUUAAAGAAACCUUUUGUGUAGAGGAUAAGGAUUUGGGUAUAAUAUAUCAGAAGUUUUAAAUAGACCAGAGUCAUUUGAUGCACCACAACUGGGAAAGAGUUGGAGUACUGUCAACUGAAGUUCAGUGUAAUCUCUCCACAGGCCAGUUGCUCUAGAGCUAGAAAUUGGAGAGCAAAUAACUGGCAUUUGUGGAGCCAGAAGCAAAGGAGAGGCUAACCAGAGAGUGAUGAUCAGGGGAGCCUGAUUGCCUCACUUGGUGAGGUCCCACUCAAAGUAGUCAUUGAAUUACAGAGAUAAUAUUGGUCACUAAAGGAAGAAUGGCCUAGGGUAGUGCAGGAUAGAGCAUCCUUUGUAUAAUUUGUAUAACUAAACUUUUAUGUUUUAUCACAAUGAAGGCAGUAGACUAGGGGACCUUAAGGAUCCCCAUUAGCUCACACAUUCUCUGCUUCCAAGUUAGUCAAGUAUUAAGGCUAGAGUUCAGCUUUCAGGGAAUAGCUCAUUUUCUUUAUUAUUUGCAUUUGCUAUUUAAUGAAAGCUAUGUGUAAAACGGACCUUUCUGCAGCUCUUGAAUUUCAGAAACAGUAUAUUGUAAAAUGUUAUACAAGCAUAUAUAUUACUAAAAUGUCUAAUACUAUGCUUUUUUUUGUUUUCCAACAUUAACUUCUCAAUAUACCUCAACCAUGUAGAAACCUCCCUUAUAAACAAUCAAAAACAGUUGAACAAAACGAGUUGACUUGAGGACAGUAUGUGGUAGCAUAUGCAGUAUUCUGCCUUCAAAGACUGGAGAACAGGGAAGGGAGUUUUAUUAUUAUUUUGGAACCAAGAUUGGUGGAUAUAUUGAAUCUGAAUUCUGAUGUCCCUUAAUGUUGUUUGCAUUUAUAUCAUUUUCAUUGUCUUUAUAUUUUCCUUCCAUUCAUAAAAGUGUUCCCAUGUUUCUAUGAAUAAUUCCUAUUUGUAAUUUCCAGUGGUCCAAUAAUCUGUUAUAUUGACAUAGCCUAAUUUCUUUGGGCAUUUUCUUAAUUAUUAGGUACUUUUGUUUCUCAGUUUAUUUGGUUUUUUGGUGGGUUUUUUGUUUGUUUUUUGGUUUUUUUUUUACUGAUCCUUUAGUCAUUUAGAGAAAACUCACUUUGGAGAUCUUACCAAUGUACUAUGUGCAGUUAUGAUUCAUGAAUGAAAUGAUGAUGACCCUUUCACAGGGAGAUAUUCAGUAAGGUUUGUGAUGCCUUCCAUUUGGCAGAUUUUCCUACCUCCAAUAAAAUUUCCUAGAUCAGGUUCUAGGAUUAGCUAUCUUGUUCUAAGUGAAACAGUAGAAAGUAUAAGUUGAAAGGAUAGUAGCAUUUUUUGAGCUAAAAGUUAGUUAUACUAUAACUAACAUAUGUUUUAUAACAUAAAAGUUAUAUGGCAUAGUUAGUAUAACCCCUUCAUUUUACAGAUGAAGAGACUCAUGCUUGGAGUGGCGAAGCUAAUUAAGUCCACACAGCAAAUUGGUAGUUUUGAGUUCAUCAGCUCUUACUUUGAUUUUUCAUAUAAAAAGUGCCAAACAGAUUCACUCUGAAUCCCCAAAGCAUAAAGGACCUUAAAUGUUUCUAUUUCUCACAUGUUAUCAUAGGUUAUCCAUACAGUAAGGAUGGCAUCACACUUAAGACAAUAAUUACCAGGUGGCACUGGAAGAAGGAUGCUUAGGUGGUGUGAAAUUGGAUACUUUGAUGUCUAGGCCAGUGUCUCAGUCCUCAACUCACUUGUUGACACAAUUCAUGAUUAUGAUAAAUCCUGUCAGUUAAGUGGUCCCAGACCAAUGAAGGAAGGAGAAAGAGAAGAAAUACCUAGGUCGGAGAUUCCCUCAUUGGCCAAAUUGAAUAUUUCUGUUUUUACAGUCACAACAGCCUGUUAUAGGCCAUGAGCAUUGGGCCUAUGAAAGACCCAUGUUUUUACAUACCUUAAUUCAUCCCCACCCCUUGUGGGAUCAUGGUCUAUUCCAAUUCCUUCCACCUCCCAUUAUAUAAGAAGGUCCAGAUUGAUAAAGUUCAAUUUAAUUCAAUAACCAUUCACUAAGCGCUUACUAUGUGCCAGGUACUGUGACUUGUUCAAGGUCACUCAGAUAGCAAGGGACAUCCUUCCACUCCAAGUCCCAGUGAUUUUUCUUUCUUUUUUAAAACUAAAUAUCCUUUGUUUUUACAAAUUCAGUGCUUUAUCCUCCACCUCUAUACAAACCAAAUAUUGUACACAAUUAAGAACAUCAUAAAGAUGUUGUGGGUGUAUUCUAUGGUUGAAAAAGAGCCUCAGCUCUGUCACUUAUUACCUAAGUGACCUUAGUGAGGUCACUUCACUCUGAGGUGUUUAGGUUUCCCAUCUGUGAAAGGAAGAGGUUUUCCUUGGAUGACCUCUAGGGUUUCUUCCAGCUCUAUGUGUAUGGUGCUAUCAUGUAAGCUCCUUGAGGGCAGGUACUAUUUUUCACCUUUUGUCUUUGUAUCCUUAAGGCCUAGCAUAGUGCCUUGCGUAUAGUAGCUACUUUAAAAUGUUUUGUUAAAUUGUUUGUGAGUUAAUACUUGCCAGGAUGCACUUAGCAAAGUUGGCAUUGUCAGAUGGUUCAACAAGAGAAAUUGGUUUUAUCAUCACAAGUGGCAUGACAAAGAUGGAUUCCGCCCUGAUUUCCCCGCUCCACCCUAAGGACCAUUGGGCCUUUCCUGUACAGCAGAAGCUUCCUGUAUGUGUUAUCUACUCCUAUUUAGAAUAUGAGCUUAAAAGCAGGAACUGUCUCAACUUUGUGUUUGUAUUCCCAGCACUUAGUGCAGUGCAUUGCAUACAGUAAGAACUUAAUAAACGCUUUUUCAUUCAUUCAUAACGCA